AUGUCGAGAGAAGUCUGCAUACCUCUUCUGAAGUUGGAAAGUCAACCUCAGCCUGCUGGUCAAGUAUGCCAAACGAAUGUAAAAGAUCUUGAAAAGGAAGUCAAAGGAGACACCUUGGAGACUGUGUUUCAUCAGACUUGGGGAUUAGGGAAAUCUGAGAAAAAACUAGAUGACCAUAUGUCUGCUUCUAUGAACAGAAAGCAGUCUUCCUCUUUUCACCCUAAAGAUAGGAAAAAACCUCUGUCUGAUAGCAAAAUAAGCAGGGGGAAGGAAAAUGUUGAUUCUCCUACAGCCAUCUCUCAUCACCUAGAGAAAGUCUUACCAGUGGUCAUGUUUAAUGAUUCUAAAGAAUCGUUAUCAGGAAAAAUUAUAAUGCAGGAUAUUCCAAACACAGUAGAAGCUUUUAAACCAGCAAAAGGCAAAAUUGCUACAGAAGUGAGGUGUGGUACUUUAAAUAUACAAGUAGAAAUCAAGAAAUGCUUUUUCUAUAAAACAGGAACACAUCAGUUUCCAACAGAAAAGAGAUGUCCAAACUGUCACCAGCUUUACUCUGUUAGACACAUUCAGAGGUGCUACACUUUUAGAAGCAGCUUUCCUAGAUCCAAGAAUGUACUGGUAGAACUAAAUACUGCUGCACCAUCUGAAUACCAAGCAGAAAUUGCCAGAACCAAGAGACCUUCACUGAAAGUAAGAAUUGAAGGAAAAGAAAUUAAAUAUGUGAGUAAGAAACAGACUAUAUUAAUUAAUAUAACUCAUCCUAAAAGAAGAGGAAAAGUAGCUAAAUACAGAAACAUUUCUCCAAUCACCACUAAAGACUGUUCCAAGUCUACUUCUCAAUCUGGUAUGAAACACCCUGGAAAGUGGCAAGUUGAAAAUACACAUCAGAGUUCAGCUUGUUCACAUGUCUCUCCUCCAAUGGCAUUUGCUGUACAGAAGGAGGAGAAUUUUGAUACAUUUAUGGUGUCUGUGUCCUUAAUCUCAGAGAGGGAGAAGAAUAAGCCUGACACCCUAGCUUCAAUCUUAGAUGACUGUGAGGUAGAAUCUGCCAUCUCUCAGCAGAAGGACAUUAAAAUUAGUCAAAACAUCCCAGAAAAGAAACAUUUCUCUGAGGCUGUGACUUCUCUCAAAAACAGUCUUCCUUCUUCUUGUGAUAAAGAUCAAAAUUUAAGUGACACAGAUGUAAGUAAAGUGUCUUUUAAUGAUCCUAAGGUUGUGGAUAAAGAGAGAAAAAUCAACUUUGAUAACCAAGAAAUUACCACAUCAGAUUCACAUAUACAGCAAACCACAGAAAGAAUAAAUUAUCUGCCAGAUACCAUUACUAACAUCUUUCCAGUUCAAGAUGGAAAAGACUUUAAUGUUUGUUCUUUGUCCUCUUUGAGUGCACAACUCAUAGGAAAAAAGCCUGCCAACAUCUAUUACAAAGGCCACGAAAUUCCACCUGCUGAAAGCUGUGAGAAUUCAGGUUCGAUAUCUUUCCCUCCCAGUGGUCUGAAGUUGUCCACCUCAAUCAGACCAUCCCACUGGACCACCAGAAAUUCAAAGUCUAAAGAAACCCUUGGGGAUAUAUUUUUCUCUAACCACUGUCCUGAGUUUGCAAAAGACUGUGAGGAAGAGCAUGUUGAUGUGGCUGGCAGAGACUUUAAUAAAGCCACUUUAUACAAUGACUUUCAUGCAAAAGCACAACAACUAUUGCAGAUGAAGAGUGAACAAUGUCUGACUGUCAGUGCUGCAUCCUCCAGCAGCCUAGCUUCUGAGAGCCCACUCAACACCGAGGAAUGUGACCAAAGAGUGUCCCAGGCAAGUCAUUCAGAAUCAGUGGCCCCCAAACAAACAAAAACCUCGGUCAUCACCUUAAUAAGUGGUGAGUUGGAGCAAAGACUAAUUAUUCAAAAUGCUAAAGAAGGCAAAGCUGAUUCUAAUUGUCCCAGGGAAAGGCAAAACCCUAAAGAAUUCCCCAGCUUUCUGGGAAAUGUUGAAAAAGAAAAAUUGCAGAUAAUGCCAGCAGUAAAGAAAGCAGAUCAGAGGGAUUUUCAAGAUCUAUCAGUUGAGAAACAGGAUGAAGUCUAUUUUCAGAUAGAUUGUCCACAAAAUAUUGCUGGUUCCAACUGUUCAGUGUGUGCUCCAGAAUAUCUGUUUCUUGUUGAGAAAACAGUGAUCAAUGAUGCAGACAAAUAUGGUAACCAACAUGAAAUAAGCUUUGGACUAACCAAUUUUAAACAGGAGCCAAGAGAAUACCAAAGGAUUGCAUCAACAAGGCAAAACUUUGAAGGUGAUGAGAACAAAAAUGAUCCAGAGGAAAAUUACCAUCACCAGAUUGACAUAUUGCUAUCACCUCAGAAGCAGAAGUCUUUGAAAGACUAGAAUUUGGAAACAAAUAAUCUUAGCAAGUUAUCCCAGGAAUUGACUCCAAGAAAUGGAAGGGCCAGUGAUGGUUCCCAGGAAGAAGCAAUAGACCACUGGGCCUGGAGAAGGCAGCAAUUCAAAGAAGGCAAAAGAUGCAGCUCAGCAGGGGGAAGUUCAUUUGCCAGCAACAUCACAGAAGGAUCCAUCACCUCAGAAGAUGGUCAUUCUGCGAAUCUUGGCUUUCGAGUUGGUAUUGAGGAAAAAGGAUUCUACACAGAGAGUUUUCAUUCGGCAGCAUGGAUUUUCCAAGGGGAUGAUGGGAAUCCUGAGGAUCCCCGAUGUCUUAGUAAAAAUCCCUGGCCAGGAGCCGUUCAGGAACAAACUGUGAAACUAUUCAAAAGUACUGGUGAUUAUCCCUGGGGAUUCCGAAUCCAGUUCUCCAAACCAAUUGUGGUGACUGAAGUGGAUACUAACCGCGCCGCCGAGGAAGCAGGGCUCCAGACUGGAGAUGUUGUGCUGGCUGUCAAUGGCACUGAGGUCACCAGUGUUGAGCAUGCAGAAGCUGCGCACCUUGCAAGGAGAGGUCCAGACAUCAUGACCCUGAUAGUGGGAUCUGACGUCAGUCGCUGUCCCAAUACCCCUUGGCCCACCUGCCGUGGCUACCUACACAAGUGGACUCACUCUGGGUUUGUGAAGGGCUGGAGGAAGAGGUGGUUUGUGCUGAAGCACGAUGGCUGCUUCUACUAUUACACACAUAAAAAGGAUGAAGGGAAAUGCCCACCUCUAGAGGAAAUAAAAUUAGAAGGUGCAGAAGUUGGCAUUAACAGCAGCUUGGGAAAACCCUGUGUGUUUAACUGUGUGCCUCAGUCUGGAAAUAGAGCAUUUUGCCUCUGUGCAACCUCAAACCAAGAAAUGAAAAGAUGGCUUGAGGCAAUGGAGAAAGCGGUCCAUCCUGUCCACCAGAACCAUGUUUGGGAAGAUGUUACUCUGCACGACAGUAGCCUCCCAUCCCUGGCCAUCAAAAGUCCAGAGUGCCUGGGCCUUCUGCACCAACUGGAUAAAAGCACAGACAUGUGGGUCCAUAAUUACCGCAUCCUGAAGGAUGGCUGUUUGUACUUCUGUGCUAGCAUCUGCUCCACCCAGGCCUCAGGGAUGGACUUGACUUUCACUUGAAAUAGUGGCCUGUAUCUGCAAGGAUGUAGGGUGAGUGAACAGACCCUGAGCUUCAAGCACUCAGUAACUGAACUCAAACCUCCAUCAGAAGAGUUUAAGACUUUCUAUUUCUGUGCAGAAAAUAAAACAGAGAACCAAAGCUGGAUUACAGCUCUGAAAACAUCUAUCAGAAAAUGGCUGCCUUUGUUUCAGGCCAUUCGAGACUUCAUGAACCAACCUCUAGAGGAGACUAGAAUGUGA